UUUCAUCCGAAGUAUCUGGCUGAACAUUACGUAAUCUAUGUUUUCAAAAUACAACUUUUGUGUACAUAUACGAACAAAUGAUGUUUGGAGUUGAGGAAAUGUUCACCACCACCACCGCGAAACAUUAUUCAAUUUUGGAAAGUUAACACUACUUAUUUCUUCACCCAUCAUAAAUAGUAACCGUGUUUUUGAAGAGGUGACACGUUCUUUCUGUUGGGGUCGAAAGUCAGAUCGCCUGGAGAAUAAAGGCAGCGGUUGGCUCAUAGACGUCCCGUCAAAGGCCGGACGAUCACAUGUCACUGUUGCCAUGGACACGGCGUCUGGGGUCUCAAUAGGUAGUGUUGCGCCGGCCGGCAUUGUGAGGCACGAUCUAAUUUUUCACCCGGCUUUUGUUUGGUUGCAAACAUUUAUUUGAGGGACACUUUCAGGCGAUCAGCGGCCGGGAUUAGCAGUGGUCUGUGAUUCGGGCAGCCGACAGAGGACACCUCGUAAAGAACUGCAACCGCUUCACGAUAUUAGACGUCUUGGAGACAAUCUCAAGGUGUAAGAUAUUUUGUCAGCGGAGCUUGAGAAGCGCUAACGUCUACAGUAUAUCGUGAUGGCUGCUGUCGCCGAUGUUCGCUACCGCUCAGCGCCGCCGGGCCUUCGGUCCCAGCCCGAUAUGUUCUUCCGCUACCCUUCCCUGCAGAGGGUCAUGUUGUCCUCGGUUAAGGAGGGAAUAUACCACCCCAAACUGCCCACCAUCCGCAGAAUGGACAUGGACACAGCCGGACACAGGCUGCCGGACGAGCACUGCAGAACCACCACCGAUAUCGGACCAGUUGACUUCAGUAACGCUACAACAACACUGCAACAUCCGCCCAACAAAACCAUGUCCGGCCUGAGAAUAACCAACACCGGGAAGAAGACCCAGAGAUUCAAAGUGGAUCCCAGCAUCCUUGACAGUGAAGUGAAGCGUGAUUGGGCCACAUGGCUGGGACGGACAACUGAGCUCAGGGGGAUGUCUCAUGACCCUAAAGACUUCCACUUCACGGGGUACGCAGUGAGGCACAUACGCCCCAGCAUCACCUCCUCUUGGAAGUACGCCUUGCGCCAGGAGCCUACACUAGACCAGUACGGACAGAAGCCCAUCCCUGCUAACAUAUACAGCCGUUACCGGGACACCUACCCUCAAUACAGUCGGGACAUUUCAAGAGACGCUUGGCGGUAAAGCAACACCAACGACUUGCAGUUUGG